CACAGUUGUACACCCGUCUAGCUUUGUGAUGCAACCUACAACAAAUUCUCAACUUCUCUAUUCUUUUUCUCCUUUUGUCGCUCAUCUUCUUCACCUUUUACCUUCCCGAUUGCAACUUCGAAAUCUUCUCAAGUUAAGAAGACCACUCUUCAAUACGUUUCUGGAUAAUUGUUGGUUAAUUCCUCACUGAAAUAAAUGCGGAAUGGUGGAUGUGCUGCUAUGCCAGGCGAAUUUUCCGAUGAUGAUGUCGAAAAGCAGCGGGUAAACAUAGUCGUCGGCGGCGCUUUAGCGAAGGCUGCAUCUGUAGGUCAAUCCCAGGACUUGGUUGAGAAAACCAUUGACUUGGUGGUCGUGGACUGUGCCAACAAGGGUGAGCCUCAACUGGAGAGAAGUUCAACUUCCCAUGAAGAGUGCAGAGUAUGCCAAGAGGAAAAUGAAGAAGCCUUGAUCAAUCUUGGAUGUCAGUGUCGAGGUGGUCUCGCAAAAGCACACCAGUCUUGUAUAGUCAAAUGGUUUGCCACUCGAGACAAAUUGCUUCGAAUGUUGCACCUCCUGAUUCCCAGGCAAACAAGUUACUGGGUUUGGAGGGUUGAUCCAGCCGUAAGAGUUCAAGAACAAGAAAGGCGCUGUUUUAGUCCUCUGUGGGUGGCCUUUUCGAUUCUCAUAGGCGGCCUGUUGCUGGACGUGCUGAUUUCCAUAACCCUUGGUGUUUCAGCACUCCCAGUCAACAUCAUUAUCGGAGUGAUUGUUGUGCUGGGGCUUGGGACCGCUCUUCGGCUUGCGCUCGAGUUUUGCCAAGAGUGGAAUGUGAGAAGGGUUGUGCAGAGGGUUGAAGGUAAUGCCGCAAUCGGGUAUCAUCCUACUUUGUAGGUUCAACCCUGUGUAUAUAAAAACGUACGUACAAGCAGGUGAUGCUUUGAUGUGAUUGAAAAUAUUUGAUUUUCUGUGUCAGAAGUUCAAAACGUGAUGUUGAUUGGAGCUGUUCCUUAUUCCUCAUGCAACCUUUGGUGCCACCAUUCGUUGUAUAUAUUAUCCUUAUAUUUAUGAAUUCAGAUUGAACUUGCUGAGUGCUAUUUAUGAGUUCGAACCAUGUCAAUUUCCUUCCUCAUUUAUGCCCGUUAUCAGUUGUUAGCUCAAUAAAUCCUACUAUACAAAGGCAAAU